GGUAGGAUGUGUACCAACAUGAGACCAGACAGACAAAACCAAAAUCUAUCCCCUUAUCCUAACUCAACCCAAGCCUAACCAAUAAACCAAAACUGCAUUUGAUGUUCAUGCUUUAGCCAUUGACAUAGACACUCUACUCUGCUCCACUCCUUUGUUGCUGCACUAUCUUUCUUCUUCUACUAUGGCUGGAUUACUCGGAUCUUCUUCUACCACCUUCUUUUCUUCUCGCACUCUUUCUUCUUCCUCCCCCAAACUCUCAUCUUUCACCAUUUCUACUAACCCUGUAGUUUCAGGGAAGUUUAAUUGGAGAAAAUUCUAUGGUGGAAUUGGGAUUCCUGUGAAGAAGAGUAGGUCUCAGUUACAAUUUUCCAUUUCUAAUGUUGCAACCGAAAUUAAUGCUACUGAAAAGGCUCCAAAGGUUGCAACAGAAAGCCAAAGACCAGUUUUUCCGUUUGCGGCUAUAGUUGGGCAAGAUGAGAUGAAACUUUGCCUUCUGUUAAAUGUUAUAGACCCUAAGAUUGGUGGUGUGAUGAUCAUGGGUGACAGGGGUACUGGGAAAUCCACUACUGUUAGGUCAUUGACAGAUUUGCUCCCUGAGAUCAAGGUUGUUGCCGGAGAUCCUUUUAACUCAGACCCUGAAGAUCCCGAGUUAAUGGGAGUAGAAGUUAGAGAAAAGGCCCUAAGAGGAGAAGAUAUAUCUGUUGUGAUGACUAAAAUCAAUAUGGUUGAUUUGCCUCUAGGUGCUACUGAGGAUAGGGUUUGUGGAACCAUCGACAUUGAGAAGGCUUUAACUGAGGGUAUCAAGGCAUUUGAGCCGGGACUUCUUGCUAAGGCUAAUCGAGGAAUUCUGUAUGUUGAUGAGGUUAAUCUUUUGGAUGACCACUUGGUGGAUGUUCUUUUGGAUUCUGCAGCUUCAGGGUGGAACACUGUGGAAAGGGAGGGAAUUUCAAUUUCACAUCCUGCUCGGUUUAUUUUGAUUGGCUCGGGUAACCCUGAGGAAGGAGAGCUUAGACCUCAAUUACUUGAUCGUUUUGGGAUGCAUGCUCAAGUUGGAACCGUAAAAGAUGCUGAGCUUAGAGUUAAAAUUGUGGAGGAGAGGGGUAGCUUUGAUAAAAAUCCUAAAGAAUUCCGGAGUUCUUACAAGGAGGAGCAGGAAAAGCUAACAACCCAGAUAUCAUCUGCUAGGAGUAUGCUUUCUUCGGUUCAAAUCGAUCACGAACUCCGUGUUAAAAUCUCCAAGGUCUGUGCUGAGUUGAAUGUUGAUGGUUUGAGAGGUGACAUAGUGACAAAUAGAGCAGCAAAGGCUUUGGCUGCUCUCAAGGGUAGAGAUAAGGUGACUACUGAGGAUAUUGCUACUGUUAUUCCCAACUGCCUAAGACAUCGACUAAGGAAAGAUCCUUUGGAGUCAAUUGAUUCUGGUUUACUCGUUAUUGAGAAAUUUUAUGAAGUAUUUGGCUGAAGGAUGCAUAUCAUAUCACUUCUUUCUGCCAUAAUUCUAUGUCAUUAAAUUUUGUCUUCGGCUGGUAAAUCCGUCCUUCUUAGUACACACGAUUUCUGACUUGAGUGAAAUAUCGAGAACUGUAAUAUUAUCAAUCGAAAUACAUUCGGAAAUCUAGAAUUACCUUGUGAUUUGGAAAGGGUUGAUUGAUUGUUUUGCCCAGUAAAUGAAUACAUGAGGAUAACUCGGAUA